AGACAGGGUGACCCUUCUCUCCCUCGCAUCCCUCCACAAGCCGUACGAAAGCCGGAGGCGAAAACCCUCAAACCCUAAUCCCCUCUCGCCCACCAUGGCGGACACGGACGCGACGGCGCCGCCGCCGGAGGUCUCGCCCGAGGCCCCAGCCGUCGAACCCGCCGUGGCCCCAGCGCAGGAAGUCGCGGCGCCAUCCGAGCCUGCCGCCCCCGCACCACCCGCACCCGCGCAGGAGGAGGCGGCCGCCGAGGGCGAAGCCGACCACAAGAGGAAGCUGGAGGAUGUAGUUGACGACGGCGCGGAGGCUAACGGCGUCGGGGAGGACGCCAAGCGGCCCCGCGUCGAAGGCGACGACGCCGCAGGUGUCGCGCAAACCGUUGAGGCCUCUGGGAAGAUCGAGGAGCCAGUGGCUGCGUCUGCCGAGGGGGCGGUGGACGCUGAGAAUGGCAAGGUUGCUACCGCUGAGGGUUCGCAGACCAUCUCUGAGGACAAGCCGCAGAUGACUGCAACGGAAGCAGUGACCGAAGCACCGCAGCAACAGCAAGAAGGUGCUGCAACCGGUGCCACCAACACCCACACAAUCGAAGUGCCCAAUAAUAAGGUUGGUGUUCUUAUAGGAAAGAAUGGCGAGACUAUCAGAAACCUGCAGAACAGCUCUGGUGCGAAGAUCCAGAUCACAAAGGAUGGAGAGGUUGCUUCAGAUGCCCUGACCCGUCCUGUCGAACUGGUUGGGACUCAAGAGAGUAUUGACAAGGCCGAGCAGCUCAUAAAGAGUGUUAUAGCUGAGGCCGAGGCUGGUGGUUCCCCUGCCUUGAUAGCUAAAGGUUUUGGGCCAGGACAGUCAGGUUCAGAGCAGUUUGAGAUGUCCGUCCCUGAUAAUAAGGUUGGUUUAAUUAUUGGAAAAGGGGGCGAGACAAUUAAAAACAUGCAAACUAGAUCGGGUGCUCGAAUUCAGCUAAUUCCUCAACAUCCUCCCGAGGGUACUACAUUAACUGAAAGGACUGUACGUGUUACUGGCAAUAAGAAGCAGAUAGAAGCUGCAAAAGAAUUGAUUAAGCAAGCUAUGAAUCAGGUAUUUGCAAGAAAUACAUCUCAAUCUGGUGGAUAUGGGCAGCAACAUCACCACCCUCAGGGUCAUGGUCCAGCUUCUCAGUGGGGGCCACGUUCUCAACCACAACCAUAUGGAUAUCCACCAAGAGGGCCUCCACCUCAGAAUGUGCCAUACUCUCAACCCUAUGGCGGUUACCCACAGCAGCCCCCGCCGAGAGGUGGCAUGGGCUGGGAUCAGAGGCAGGGUCCUCCGCCCCAUUCUUCCCAUCAGGGUGGUGGUUAUGACUACUACAAACAGGGACCUCCGCCAUAUGAAGGUCAGCCGCCAAACUACCCUCCUGGACCAGGGAACUACAACAAUUAUGGACCAUCUCAGCCUCCAAGUUAUGGACAGCCUCCGUAUCCGCAGUCUGGACCUCAACAGAACUAUGGCCCUGGAUAUGGCGAUCCUAGGUACAGUGCCCCAGCGCCAACCCAGCAGUACUAUGGUCAGCCACCAGCAGGUCCACAGCAGGGCUACCCUCAGCAGCCAGACCCAUAUGCUAGGCCUGCUUAUGGUGGACCUGGACAAUGGCAACCCAGAGGCGGUGCACCACCAGCGGGAGAUGGUACAUACCAGGCACCACCUCCAGCAUCCUAUGCCCCACCAGCUCAGCAACCUCCUGCUUAUGGUCAGUCAUACCCAACAACUGGACCUGAUGGGUAUGCUCAACAGGGGUACCCACAGCAGGGUGGGCAGGCGCCGGCAGCGUAUGGUCAGACUGCUCCAGCAGGACCAGGAUAUCCUCAGCAAGGUGGCUAUGCACAGUACCCUCCAACACAGCCAGCAUAUGGUGAUCAAUCGGCUCAAAACAAUGCAAACUAUGGUUACCAGGGAGCCCCUGCUGACCCCAACUAUGGAAAUGCGUACCCACAGUCAGGAUAUGGUCCUACGGCUGCGGGCAGUCAGCCUGGAUACGCUGCGGCACCGGCAGCUGGUCAGCCUGGAUAUGGUCAGGCAGGAUACACACAGCCACCACCUGCGAAUCCACCAGCUUAUGAUCAGUCUGCGGCGCCACCAGCACAGAGUGGCUAUGCUGCACCCGCCGCCAAUCCCCAGCCUGCCGUUGCAAAGGGUGUGUCACCACAGCCUGCUGCUGCUGGGUACGGUGGACAGUGGACUGCAUGAGUGUUAUGUCUCAAACUCCAUCGACAGCAAGACCUAGUUGGAGGCUAUGUUUGGCCGCUUACUCAGCUCGUAUGCUCUUUCUUUGGAUUUAUCCAUCUUGUAAGCGCCUGGCUUUUGCUACAUCUAAAGAGGGAUGUAAACCCCCUUGGUUGUUAUAGUGCAUCUCUGUAGUACCUGUUAGAUGGUUAAGACAAAUUUGAACUCCCUAUUAAGCUGAGAAGAGAACCUGGUUAGGUUAUUUGCCCCGAAGAGUAAUUUGUGCAUCGUCUUCUGCAUUUGCUUCAA